UCUUUUCUUUUUUUUUGCGCUGAAUGGUUGUGUGUCUGCAGCACCCAGAAGUGAACAGCAGGCGACCCGGAAGGUUUGAGGUCCGCCUGAAAGCAGCAGAAAAACAGCCUUUUUUAAACAUUUCUCCUGUCGCUGGUUCAGGAUGGCUGAACCUCGUUUCAACAGUCCUUACUUCUGGGCUCCACCUCACUCAAUGCCAAGCCAGCUGGAUAACCUAGUCUUGAUCAAUAAAAUCAAGGAGCAGCUGAUGGCAGAGAAGAACAGACCACCACACCUGCCCCCUUCCACAGCUCCUUCCCAUCAGGCUUUACUGGCUCCUCCCACCCAGACAGAAGGCAGGCACCACGGGAUGACCAAAGCCCAGCAGAUGUCAGGUCUCCACUCCCACAGUCCUUCUCCACCAGAUAUCGCCCUGCACGCCCGCCCUGCAUCCAGCUCGGUUACGGGACGUAUUCUGGGUGAUGUAAACUUGAAUCUAGAUGAUAAGGCAGCUAUAAAAGCCAGAGGAUUGUGGGAAGACUGGCAUUUCCGACAAAUCAUAGACCAUCCAUCAAGACCAAACCACAUCUCGGGUGUGGCACUCGCAUCCAGAACAGGGAACCUCAACACCUCAGAGAUUAUAACUCCAACUACGCCCACCUCAAGCAGCCACAGUCGGUGGGUUGGCGCUCCCACACCCCACCUACUCUCAGGGUUAUCUAGCGGACAUGUCGUGGAGACUGGAAAAAGCAAUGGAGGCCUGGUGGGGCUCCUCGGACCUCCUCCAAAGGAGGAACGCGGCCGCAAGAGGAUCAAAGCGGAGAAUAGGUCUUCUCUUUUGGUGGUGCCCUACCCAAUCCUUGCCUCGCCCAAUGACCAGUCUUGUGUCACCAUCACUGCCAAAGAGGGAAAAAUCUACAGGUGUAAGAUUUGUCCAUUGACCUUCUUCUCUAAGUCAGACAUGCAGAUCCACUCCAAAACGCACACAGAGGCAAAGGCUUACAAGUGUUCUCACUGCACCAAGUCAUUUUCAAAUGCAUCCUACCUGGCCCAGCACCUCCGCAUACACCUGGGCCUCAAACCUUAUCGAUGUUCAUACUGUGAAAAAUGUUUCCGCCAGCUCUCCCAUCUACAGCAACACACCAGAAUUCACACAGGUGAUCGGCCGUACAAAUGUGCACAUCCUGGAUGUGAGAAAGCUUUUACUCAGCUAUCUAAUCUGCAGUCUCACCAGAGGCAGCACAACAAAGACAAGCCAUUCAAAUGUUCCAACUGUUUCCGUGCCUAUUCAGAUUCUGCCUCACUGCAGAUCCACCUAUCUGCACAUGCCAUCAAAAAUGCCAAGGCCUACUGCUGCAGUAUGUGCGGCAGGGCCUACACUUCGGAAACGUACCUCAUGAAGCACAUGCCUAAACACACAGUAGUGGAACAUGUGAUGGCCCAUCACUCUCCUCAGCACAGGACAGAGUCUCCUGCCAUCCCUAUACGCAUUUCCCUUAUCUGAGUUCCACAGUGUUUAAUCACCUCAUAUCAGAGGAGUUCCCUGUGAUAACAGCACUCCUCUGUGCACAGCCUGAACUCUUGUAUGAGGCCAACAAUGUGCCACAGUAGUGUUGCAGUGCGUGAAGAGGUACUGUUUUAAUAACGAGUGCUUUGCUUCAUUUUGUUGACCAGGAGGUGUUAUCGGGGACAUCCAAAGAUGAUUUUUCAGCACUUUCUGGCCUGGAAGUGACAGGCCUAAAAUUUUUAUUCGUGUGACUCCACCAAAAUAAAUUCAAUAAAAAAUAAAAUAAAAUAAAAUCCAGGCAGCUCCAUGGAAAUUCUUUGUAAUAAUUUUGUUUUUGUUACAGUGCAUAACUUUGUGUUUUUAUAUGGUCCUUUACUUUCUAUACUGAAGUCUUUACAAAUUGCAUUACAAAGUCUUCCUUCCCCGAACAAAAACGUGAAUGCUUAUAUCAUGUGUAGUCAUGUACAUUGUGUUAUGUUUUAUGUCAGUGUUAGCAAUGUUGCCAUAAUGCACACAUUAUAAAAGUUAGAUGCUUUACUCUAUUAGUUUUUAUUUUCACGUUCUUGGCUCUUUCACACAGUCCAGAAUGAUGAGUCU